GCAAAAAGUUUCUCGGCUACUCCCGUCUCCCCGAAAAACCUUCGUAGGUCCGCGGCCCUGCCCUCCCCCUCCCCCUCCCUCCGUCGCCGCCGGCCCACAGCCACAGCCAUCGCCAUUAUCCCUCCUCCCUGCAAACAAAGCGUUCCCGGAGGGAAAAAGCCACAACUUCCGCUUCCACCCGGCGGAGCGCAAGAAGCUCGGAAGCGAAUCCAACCCUAACCCUAGCCCUAGCCCGAGGGCCCUGUCCUCGUGCCGGCGUCGGCGUCGGCGUCGGCGUCGGCGAUGGAGAUGGUGGUGUCGGCGCCGCCGCCGGAGCUGCUCCCGGAGGAGGAGAUGGCGCUCAUCCGAGACAUCACCGUCGCCGCGGAGUCCCAAGCCAAGGAAGGCGACGUCUUCUUCCUCAUCACCAACAGGUGGUGGCAAAGUUGGAUUGAUUAUGUCAUUCAAGAUUCAGCUGGUGUAACAAGUAAUGGUUAUCAUCAUCAUGAGUUCGGUUCAAAUGCUCCAAGAAGGCCAGGAGCUAUUAACAAUACAGAUUUGCUGGAUGAUUUGGCAUAUGAAGUUUCCAAUAUGGAUAUGGAGCUACAUGAUACCUUGGUUGAAGGCCGCGACUAUAUAUUGCUACCUCAGCAAGUCUGGGAAAAGCUGCAUGGUUGGUAUGGUGGAGGACCAACAUUACCAAGAAAGGCAAUCAAUACUGGCUUGUCCCAAACUGAUCUAGCCAUAGAAGUUUAUCCUUUACGUCUGCAGUUACUUCUGAUGCCAAAAGGAGAGCAAGCGGUUAUAAGGAUAAGCAAGAAGGAUAUAGUUGGUGAACUCCAUAAGAAGGCUUGUGAGGUUUUUGAUUUGGUACCAGAUGAGGUGUGCAUUUGGGACUACUAUGGUCGGAAAAAGCAUGCUCUGAUGGAUAACUUGGAGAAGACGCUUGAUGAUGCCAACAUUCAGAUGGAUCAAGAUAUUCUAGUUGAGGUUUCUACUGAUGCAAAUGGUAUUUUUGAUGGUGGAUGCAUGAGUUCGAUCCAAGAAAAUGAUUUUUUUGAACGAGCAUCUUCUUUGAUGGCAGAUGCCUCGAAAUCAGGAUUGUCAAGUGAGAAUUUAGCAUCAAUUAAUUAUGCUUCUAGAAGCUAUAGCUCUGGUCUCCCUCAAAACCAGUGCCCACGGUCUUCCAAUGGUGACUCGGAGAAUGUGCCUGGUACUGUUGGUGUGACCACCCGGGGAUCUCCUUCAGGUCUUACAGGGCUACUUAACUUGGGAAAUACAUGUUUCAUGAACAGCGCCGUGCAGUGUCUUGUGCACACACCAGAGUUUGCUAGAUAUUUCCGUGAAGAUUACCACUGUGAAAUUAAUUGGAACAAUCCACUUGGCAUGGUGGGUGAACUUGCGCUAGCUUUUGGUGAGCUACUGAGGAAACUUUGGUCUCCUAGCCGUACCCCAGUUUCGCCCCGACCAUUUAAAACAAAGCUUUCUCGGUUUGCACCUCAGUUCAGUGGAUACAAUCAGCAUGAUUCACAGGAGCUGUUGGCAUUCCUUCUGGAUGGACUACAUGAAGACUUGAACCGUGUGAAACAUAGACCUUACUUAAAAUCUAAUGAUGCUGAUGGACGAUCAGAUGAAGAGGUUGCUGACGAGUAUUGGGCAAAUCAUAUUGCCAGAAACGACUCUAUCAUUGUUGAUGUAUGCCAGGGACAGUACAAGUCAACUUUGGUCUGCCCAAUCUGUGGAAAGGUGUCAGUGACUUUUGAUCCCUUCAUGUAUCUUUCCUUGCCCCUACAAUUUGCUUCAACACGAAGCAUGACCGUUGUGGUCUUCACAUGUGAUGGGAGUGCUCCACCAACACCAUACACUGUAAGUGUACCGAAGCAAGGUAGGUGCAGAGAUCUUAUCCAAGCCCUCAGCAGUGCAUGCUCGCUUAAAAAUGAAGAGAAACUUCUAAUUGCAGAGAUACGUAAUCAUAGGGUCCAUCUUUUUCUUGAGGAUCCUGUGCUUCAGCUGUCUACAAUUAAAGAUGAUGAUCAUCUGGCAGUUUAUAGACUUCCAAAAUUGGAAAAAAGGGCAAGCUAUAUUCAAUUUGUGCAUCGUCGUGAAGAACUGGAUCAUGGAAACAAUAGCAGCUCAAUGUCUUGGAAACCAUAUGGUGUUCCUCUUCUAGCGCAAAUACCUCGCAAUGAAACUGUCACGGGAUCAGCCAUCCAUGAGAUGGGUCGUAAAAUGCUUGUUCCCAUGUUAAGAAAUCAGGUGGCACAACAUACGGCAGUUCAAAGUUCUCUUUCCACAAGAACACAAAGCUACCAUACCGACGGCAGCAAAUUUCAGCUACAGUUGAAUGAUGAUAGUAACACAGUUAUUGAGCAAACAGAUUAUGCUAUCAGGGUUCCACAGUCUUCGCUUGCAACUAUAAUAUUUGUCAACUGGUCCAAGUCAGAUCUUAAAAAAUUGAACACUAAUCAUUUGGAGAACCUUCCUGAGGUUUUCAAAUAUGCACCACCUGCCAAGAGGACACGUGGUGAACCUCUAUCGCUCUAUGCAUGCUUGGAUGCUUUCUUGAGAGAAGAACCACUUGUUCCCGAAGAAAUGUGGUACUGUCCGAGAUGCAAGGAGCAAAGGCAAGCCAGUAAAAAGCUUGAUUUGUGGAGGCUACCAGAAGUGUUGGUUAUUCAUUUGAAGAGAUUCUCAUUUAGUAGGUCAACUAAGCAUAAACUAGAAACUUUUGUUAACUUCCCAAUACAUGACUUGGAUUUGACAAACUAUAUUGCUAACAAGAAGAUCUCGCAACGACAAAUAUAUGAGUUGUAUGCUGUGAGCAAUCAUUAUGGCAGCAUGGCAAGUGGGCAUUAUACGGCCAACAUAAAGCUCUUGGAUGAGAACCGGUGGUAUAAUUUCGAUGAUAGCCAUGUUUCUGCCAUCAACGAAGAAGAUGUGAAGUCUGGUGCAGCCUAUGUGCUGUUCUACAGAAGAGUUCGAGAGCUAGAUGGGGCAGCAAGCAAUGGAACCCAGUCAUGCGUGAAACGAAACCACAGAUCUAGCCAAAGAUAGUCUGAUUUAUUUCACAGAUUCGUUCAAUAUAGGUUUUGGGAGAAAACCCAUGCAGUUCUUUUUUGGUGGAAUCGCAAGAUUUCAGUGUGCGACUAUUACUAUGGCAGCGGAGAAGCUGGGUUAUUUAAGUUAUUGUGAUACUGUCAGAAAACUCCAUGUGGAUCAAUAUGGAUGGGGAUCGCUUCAGGUCAUAAUGGUUAAGGACCCCGAUAUUAUACAGUUUCCAGUUCCUUCUAGAAGAGAUGAGGUUGAUAAGUUUUAGGAACACCGUUUUGCUCAAUUUGACCGUUAGUUUUCUCUAAUAGUUAGAUGUACUUACUGCACCUCACUGUUUUCAUCAUGAAUGCUAGAGCUCAAGGAACUAGUUGCACCAGUGUCACUGACUGGUGAGAUGUUCAUGCUUGAGGUGCCAUCUAUACAAAAUUCUGGAAUGACAGCGUGUCCCGCAGCGACGUCAUUGCAUUACUCUUGGAUGAAGUGUCAUUGUUACAGCAUGUUGUAAUUUGUGUUGUACUGUACUAUAGCAUGUUUCCAGAUUGUAUAAAUAUAUCAAGUGCUGAGAUAAGUUUUUUGCGUUUGUUUUGUUA